UCCCGGCGUGCUCCUCGCCGGGCCUGUGGCCGGGGGUGCCGACCGCCAUCUCGUGCGCGCGGCCCGGACAUGGACGCAGAUGAUACAGGAAAUCGACUUCGAUUCCAGCUGGAGUUGGAGUUUGUUCAAUGUCUGGCAAAUCCAAACUACCUCAACUUUCUUGCACAAAGAGGCUACUUCAAAGACAAAGCUUUUGUAAAUUAUCUUAAAUAUUUACUUUAUUGGAAAGAACCUGAAUACGCAAAAUACCUGAAGUAUCCUCAGUGUUUGCACAUGUUAGAGCUGCUCCAGUAUGAACAUUUCCGCAAAGAGCUGGUCAAUGCCCAGUGUGCCAAAUUUAUUGAUGAGCAACAGAUCCUCCACUGGCAGCACUAUUCCCGGAAAAGGAUGCGCCUCCAGCAGGCACUGGCUGAGCAGCAGCAGCAAAAUAACACCUCUGUAAAAUGAAAAGCACGUGGAGUAGUGAUGAUAAGGUGUACUUAGUAUCAGUGAACUAUUUACGGGAGAGGAAUGAACCCUUGUGUAGUUUUGGCUCUGGAUGUGUCUCCCUUUAAUAUGGAUUUAUCAAAUGACUAGGGUAGUUUUUGUUUCGUCAGCUCCUUUAGAGACUAAUAAACACCUAAUGCGAUUUA